CUUUGCCUUCAAUCUUAUUCUAGUCUUUAAAAAAAAAACAGUUUGUUUUGCAAUUUGUGUUGUGGAAUUCCUAGAAAAAACUACUAUUAUGUUUGAGCACUUGUAAAAGACGAAAGAUACCCGUAAAGAACGAAGAUAAAUCUGAAAUAAAGUCAUACUAAUGAAGAAUUAGCUGUAUGGAUUUCAUCCAAGGCCGUUAAACUUAAAAAAAAAAUGUCUAUGGUGGAAGUGAAGAACUUGUUCUCGUAAUGUUAAGUAUUUGUAUGCGCUAGCAUCACUUUAUAGUUUGUGGUAUUUGUGGUGGAGAAGAAGAAACUGGGAAAAACCAAGUUACGCACAAGAUAGCAAUGUACCUGUUUCUAAUAGAUAUAUAGUUCGUAAUAUCCACUCUACCCGGAGAUAAAGACUCAAGAUUCAAUUUUAAUAUUUAUUUACAUUUAAUGUUUAAAUAAUAUGCUUGCCGUGUGACGAAGGCGCAGAACUUUAGAGGAAAAUGUAUAAACACGAGGAACUACGUAAAUUGCCCACCGGCUUUUUAUAUUCAAUCAGCGAGACUUUAGAAACUAAUGGAGAUUGGCGAAAAGUGAUGUCUAAAAUACCCAAAGAUCCAACCGCAGAACAGUUUGAACCCAAAUACAACAGUGAGCAAAUGAGGAUAAUAGAAGAACAUGCAAAAAGUACGCGAAAGACUUGUGCGGAGGUUUUGUUUGACGAGUGGGGCACAUCAGGUAGAAUCAGACCCACACUUGCCACCUUACAGAAUCUUGUACUUCAAGCAGGCAUUUAUAAGGCUGCUGAUGAAAUCGCUCUGCUGCUACAAGAAGUACCACCACCGAGACCAAACUCGGGUCCAGCCGCGAAAAUCUUAACUGACAUAGAACAGCUUCUGUACGAGGACCAGAAAAAAAAUGCCAAGAAAAGGAACAACGACACUGAGUCCACAGCACAAAUGAAAUCUGGAAGGUUCCCAAACUUCUCCAACUUUCCUAAAGUGUUAAAUUUUGGCAACAGAACCACUGCUUCUGUGAAGUCCAGCGAAAGCACGAACUAUGGCAGCACCAGAGAACACAGCUCUCAUUAUUCUGAAAACACUGAUAACAGCGGUUGCCUACCCAACUUUGAGGUGCUGAUGAAGAACAAAUCGGAAGUUAAAUGUAUCGCUUACCCAGCUCCACCCCUUUUCCGUAUAGACACGACAAUCCUGCAGAAUAAAACUUUGAUCCAAUUCGACUUUGACAAAUUGCAAGAGAUCACAAGUAACUUUUCCAAUGUUUUCAUUUACGGUCCUCAAGGUCCUACUGGGAAAAUUGGCAGUGGUGCUUUUGGGGACGUUUAUGCUGGCAUGCAUCCAGAACAUGGAGUCCUGGCUGUGAAGAAGAUAAAGAAUUUGAGUCUGGUCAGCGAUAAGCCAAACUUGGUCAGUCAAACUUUCAAUGCUGAAGUCAAAUGUUUAGCACAGUUGCGACACGAAAAUAUUGUACCUAUUGUAGGUUAUAGCGCUUCUUUUCCGUCUUUGUGUAUAGUUUGUCAGUACAUAGAAGGUGGAUCGUUGGAACAAAAUUUGGCAGCCAAAAGGCUUACGGAAAAGCAAAGGAUUGAUAUAAUUGUUGGUACAGCUCGAGGUCUGAAGUAUAUCCAUAACAGAGAUUCAGUGCAGGAAGAGGAGCUGGACAGUGAAGUUGGGGAUUCCUUUUUGCAUUAUAUCCAUGGCGAUGUCAAAAGUGCUAAUAUUUUGUUGACGAGAGAUUACCAGCCAAAGCUCUGCGAUUUCGGUCUAGCAAAGCAGUUUAAGACCACUCUAGUGUCGCCAUCUAUAAUGGGCACUACUCCAUACAUGUCUCCGGAACGCUUAAGAGGCACUGUCACCCAAAAGGCAGACAUUUACAGCUUUGGCAUUGUACUCUUAGAAUUGCUGACUGGAUUGCAAUGUCUCGUUAACAGAAAUAAAGAAACAAUGAACAUACAAGAUUAUAUUGCUGAGAAAGCCCGGGUUGAUUAUAAACAAGUGUUGGACCCAGUGGCCAGUCCGUGGUCCAGAGCCGAUGAAAUCUACGAGUUAGCUAAGAAAUGCCUCACUUAUGAUUAUACUAGUAGGCCUGAUAUAAAUGAAGUGUGCGAAGAAGUUGCAAAUUUUACUGAAGAUUAGUAAAUA